UGUCAAACGAAAAACAAAACCCAACAGCGCCAGCGGAAAACCUCGUCCAAAGUGUUUUUAUAUUAGAGAAAUUAAGCCUAAAUCCCAACAUUACAUUUAGUUGUUAAAUGGCAAAAUGGGUGAUAUUGAUAAUUCAAUAAAGUUGAGUGUUAAGUGGAGUGGAAAGGAAUAUGAACUGCCAGAAUUAGCUCAAUCUGAUUCAGUUGCGAUGUUGAAAGUGGCCAUCGAAAAUGCCACUGGUGUACGACCGGAAAGGCAAAAGCUUUUGAACGUUAAAUUUCAAGGCAAGGUAGCCACUGACAAUUAUACUCUAUCAGAAUUAAAUCUUAAGCAAAACCUAAAAAUAAUGAUGAUGGGGUCAUUAGAAGAGGCUAUUGAGGGUGCAAUGUCAAAACCAGAUAUUGGGGAUGAAGUGGUCAAUGAUUUGGACAUUGAGGAAGAAGAAAUUGAUGUAGAAAAUCAGGAGAUAUACUUAGCAAAAAUAAAUAAGAGAGUAAAAGACUACAAAAUAAAGGUGCUAAACGAGCCUCGCCCCAGCAAAAAGCUUUUAGUAUUGGACAUAGACUACACAUUGUUUGACCAUAGAUCUGUUGCUGAAACUGGUUUUGAACUAAUGCGGCCAUUCCUCCAUGAAUUUUUAACAUCAGCCUACAAAGAUUAUGAUAUUGUUAUCUGGUCAGCCACCGGAAUGAAGUGGAUCGAGGAGAAAAUGAAACUACUUGGUGUGUCUGUGCACCCGGAAUACAAGAUCAUGUUCUACCUAGACUACUUAGCUAUGAUCACUGUGCAUACUCCCAAAUAUGGAACUAUUGACGUGAAACCCCUUGGCGUAAUUUGGGGCAAAUACCCACAAUACAGCUCGAAAAACACAAUAAUGUUGGACGAUAUAAGACGAAACUUUAUUAUGAACCCAAAGAGCGGACUCAAGAUCCGUGCAUUCAGACAAGCGCAUUUAAACAGAGACAAAGACGAGGAAUUACUGCAUUUAAUUACAUAUUUAAAGGACAUUGCCACUUUUUGCGAUGACUUUGAUACUUUAAAUCACAAGAAAUGGGAGAAAUAUAGGCCGCCACGGAAGAGUAAACACGCCAGCAAGAGGAAAGCUGAGGAUAAUUCUGACAGCUCGGGGGCCGCUGCCAACUAACAAAGACUGAUUAGUGAUAUUAAUUAAUUAGUAUUUUUCUUGGUUAUGUGCUGUUUUUUUGGCUCUGAUAGACUGAAUGUGAAAGUCAAUACUGAGAUUCAUUAUUUUUAAAAAAGAAAUUUAGGUUUUGGAGAAACUACUUAACAGAUGACGCAACGUCGUGAAAUGACUUCAAUAGAUUAAAACGCAAAAUUAAAUAAAUUUGAUUUAAAUUAAAUUUACAAAUGCGAUUGUAUAUAUAUCUGUUACUAAACUGAUUUUCAUGCAAUCUAGGUACAACUUUUUAACAAAAUGCCUUAGAUACAAAAUUCCAAGUUUUUAUAUAAUAUUCAUCAUGUAUACAUAACGUGACCACACGUCCAGUUUUGAACAGGACUGUCCCUAUUUCCAAUUACGUGUCCCGGUGUCCCCUAAAUGAAAUGUGGGACGCAAAAUUGUCCCGUUUUGAGAAACCGCGCGAAACUUAGAGCUGCAGAAUAUUAAAAAAAAAUGUGGGACGCAAAAUUGUCCCGUUUUGAGAAAGCGAGCAAAAAUUUGAGCAGCAGAAUAUUAUAAAAAACGUAGCAAGAGAUUCAUUCUUAUUUGAAAUCGUCACCUGCUGCUAUAUUUAAAAAAAAAAUUCCUCUGAUUAACUAGCUUAACAUUUUGGGUACCUACCUAUAUUUAGUGAUUCGUAACUGUUAGGCUAACUUUUUCUAAAUAAAUAACUUUUAACAACUGUUUUUUUUUUCACUAAACUAAAUUAAACCAAUGUCCCGUUUUGAUAACUGGUCACUUUAUGUAUACCGGAUACAGGAUACACAAAUCAUGCAUUUAGCAGAUGUUAGAGUAAAAAUUGGUAUGCAGGCAAAACUGUAUUAGCCUACCAUUUUCAAUUCACAACCUCUUAUCUUCUCAGCUUUUCUACUUAAAAUGAACCUUGUGUCAUAGAAAAUCUUGAUUCGUCUCUUUCAAAUUGUUACAUUGUAAAGAGGAAGUUAAUAUUAAUGUUGGUACAUUACGAAUUGCUAAUUUGUUUAGGAAUAUUUACGUGAUGUUGUUAUUCAAGGAGACAUCGUGACAUUUCAAGUGACCUUCAUUUUCAUAGAAUUCUAAAAAUUAUUUAUAAAUAAAAGCUGUGUUUAAGUACGAUUUCCGAUUCAUAUUUUUAACUUAUUUUCUUUAGGAUUACAUCGUAAGCACAUUUUUAAUAUUAAAACGCAUAGUAAAAUUUGUAUUGAAUCUAAAAAUUAUUUAAUAUUCUGAAAACAAAUUAUACAUACAACAUUAAAACAUACUAGUAUUAUUUCUUAACUUAAAAGACAUUAACGGGACUUAAAUAAUUACCAACCCAUGUCAAUAGUACGUUGCCACCCUUUAUGCUGUAUAAACAUUUAUUUAAAUACUUAAAUCCAAGUAACCUAUACAAAUUGUUUUACUCAAGUAUUAAUGCCCACUUAAUUAUCACUUAAAAGUAUUAUUAUCACGGAAUUAAAAUGUUUUAAAUAAUUAGUCCCGACAAACAAAUCCUUACUGUUUUUAAAUCUAGUGCAGUUAACUGUUAUGAUGAGAAGUUCUUUUAUAUUUCUAAAGAUUACGGUGAGAAAAAAAUCUUAUAAUAAUAAAAUAAAUUUCAAAAUAAUUGUAAGUAUAAUAUGUCGAGAACUACAUAUUAUACUCUUCGAAGGAUCGAUCAUUGAGAACUAGCCCCUAGUUUAAUAUUUUCCUUUAACUUUUUAACCUUUAACUUAAAUCCAAUGUUAAACACCUUAACACCAAUAAAAAAUUAUAAUGGUUUGUGGUCAAUUAUUUCCUUGUUACCUCCAAAUUGCAUAAUGUUACUAAAUUCGCGAUACUUUUAUUACCCAUGUAUAUUUAUAUUUCCGUAAAAUUAUAAUAAAAACGUAAUUAAUAUAUCAAAUAUUGUUUCCGCAGCUCGACUAUUUAACUAUUUAAAAAAAAAUUAAUUAGUCCCUUUCACUUAUUUAGAUCAAAUUUCUAGAUAAGUAUACGAGAAUAAAGUUUUUUUUUAUAAAUUA